AAAUCCCUGAGGAGCUGUACAGGGCUUGCCUUACAGUCUCUGGGUUUUUUCUUUGCAGUUCAUGGCCCAGGGGAAAGCUGGGGGCAGCUCCCCUCCGUCUGCACCCCCAAAACCUGGCAGCCAGUUGGACAGUAUGUUGGGAAGCCUCCAGUCUGACCUGAACAAACUGGGAGUAGCUACCGUUGCCAAAGGUGUUUGUGGAGCCUGCAAGAAACCAAUUGCUGGACAGGUUGUCACAGCCAUGGGGAAAACCUGGCACCCAGAGCACUUCGUUUGCACCCACUGCCAGGAGGAAAUCGGGUCACGCAACUUUUUUGAACGUGAUGGUCAGCCCUACUGUGAGAAGGACUAUCAUAAUCUCUUCUCCCCUCGCUGCUACUAUUGCAACGGGCCCAUCCUCGACAAAGUGGUGACAGCCCUGGACAGGACAUGGCACCCAGAACACUUCUUUUGUGCGCAGUGUGGCGCUUUCUUUGGACCUGAAGGGUUUCAUGAGAAGGAUGGCAAAGCCUAUUGCCGCAAGGAUUACUUCAACAUGUUCGCUCCGAAGUGUGGGGGCUGCGCCCGGGCCAUCCUGGAAAAUUACAUCUCUGCCUUGAAUACCCUGUGGCACCCUGAGUGCUUUGUCUGUCGG